CUCGCGCCGCGCUUCGCGCGGAAGUUCAGCGAGCGGUUGGGCGCGACGUACGUCAAGCUCGGCCAGUUCGUCGCGUCGUCGCCCACGCUCUUCCCCGAGCUCUGGGUCCGCGAGUUCGAGAAGACGCUCGACGACGUGCCGCCCGUCGCGUUCUCCGUGAUCAAGGGCGUCGUCGAGCGCGAGCUCGGGAGCCCGCUGGAGGUUACUUUCGCGAAAUUCGACCGCGCGCCGCUCGCGGCGGCGUCCAUCGCCCAGGUGCACCGGGCGACGCUGCGCGACGAGUUCGGUGGCGGCGACGUUGUCGUCAAGGUGCUGCGGCCCGGCGUCGACGAUUUGCUGAAGGCGGACCUCGGGUUCCUCGAGAUCGCGGGCAAGGCCGCGGAGGCGCUCGUGCCGUCCUUCGGGCGGCUGUCGCUGGCGAACGUGCUCGAGGAUUUGCGGGCGACCAUGCUCGACGAGCUCGACCUCGAGAAGGAGGCGGCGAACUUGGAGGUCUUCCGGGCCUGGCUCGCGACCGCGGGGCUCGAGGCGACGGCGACGUGCCCUCUGCCCGUGAAGGCCGCGUCAUCGAAGCGUGUGCUCACGAUGGAUUACGUCGACGGCGUGCCCCUGACGGACCUGGACGCCCUGCGGGCCAUGUACGGCCCGACCUUCGACGCGGAGACGACGCUGCUCAACGCGUUGAACACGUGGUCGCUGGGCGUGCUCUCGUGCGACUUCUUCCACGCGGACGUGCACGCGGGCAAUCUGCUCGCGUUACGCGACGGCCGCGUCGCCUUCCUCGACUUCGGCAUCGUCGGCCGCGUGCCGGAGCGCAUCUGGACGUCGCUCCAGGACGCGGCCGCGGGCUUGGCGUCUCGCGACUUCGAGUUGCUGGCCCGGGCGCUGACGACGAUGGGCGCGGCGGAGCGCGUCGACGAGCGGGCCUUCGCGGCGGACCUCGAGGCGCUCUUCAAGAGCUUGGACGAGGUCCAGCCGGACGUGCUCGUGUCCGCGGACGGCGCGGGCGCCGUCGCGGCGACGGUGUCCGUCGACGACGCGCAGGUCACGGACCUCCUGCUCCAGGUCGUCAACGUCACGGAGCGCAACGGCAUCAAGCUGCCCCGCGAGUUCGGGCUGCUCGUGAAGCAGGCGCUCUACUUCGACCGCUACACGCGGCUCCUCGCGCCGGACAUGGACGUCAUCAACGACGACCGCGUCGCCUUCUCCGCG